GAUGAAGAUGAUGCCCUGGGAGUGCAAACCCUUCCUCAGGCUUUGCGUCUGCCUCUGGGAUGCUGCAAAACAGCCUGACUCUGCUGGGGACUGGCACCCCCUGCUUAUGUCACCUGGGGAAAAGCGUCUUGCCAUGAUGCCAACCUGUGCAGCGCCGGGAGGACUGGAAGCCCUUGGGCAGCAGGACAGAGCUGACGAAUUGCCGUGUAUGACGGUGCCUGUCUUGUCCUUCUCUCCGCAUCUGCCUACCCCCCCGCCGGCAGUUACUCAGCAAGCUCCACACGUCGGUGGAAAUGAGCCUGUUUUUUCCUGUUAUCGAGGAAGCACUUCUGACUGUGAUGCUCAAGGACAAGCCUCAGCCUCCCACUCCCCCACCAUCCAUUAACAGCAAAAAAAAAAGAAAUCCUACCUAAGCUGUUAUCUUUGCUGGGUGCUGCCAGAGAGCAGCUUUUGGUUGGCUGCAGGCUGGAGCGAUGUUGGGUCUCCCCUCCCAGCUCUCCCGCCUCCCACCCGAUAUAAAGCACAUCUCCUCGCUGCUGUUCCAGCCGGCAGCACCCGAUCAAGUCACAGGUGGUGCUGCUGCCGCUUGUUGCACAUCCCUGCCACCACUGUAAGGACCUGACUGAUGAGCUGCUGGAUGCCUGGGUGCCCAGCUCUCAGCAUGUGCCGGGGGUUAGCCAUGCUUCCCAUCACUUGCCUGGAAAGAGCCAAGGAUCUGAAGACCCGCUUAGGGAUGCUGCUUCAUAAAUCAGAGCUGGGACACAGGAUUGGGACCUCCAGCAAGUUGCAGCUGUGCUCCAGGCGGAGAGGAGGCUGCGCUGGGAUUGUACCAGCAGAAAAGGGCUCUUCUGAGUAUCGUCUAGAGAAGCCACCAGGCCAAAGCUGCACUAUGGAGCUGAGGUCUGGUGAGACGUCGGGGAAGGUAAAAGAAAGGGAGAAAGGAAAGAGAGCCCACAGAGACUCCUCACAAGAGGUACUUGAAUGGAGGGAGUCCUUUGACCAGCUCCUGAAGAGUAAAAACGGGGUGACAGCUUUCCACACCUUCCUGAAGACAGAGUUCAGUGAGGAGAACCUCGACUUUUGGCUGGCGUGUGAGGACUUCAAAAAGACCCGCUCGAAAACCAAGCUGGCCUCCAAGGCCAACAGGAUCUUCGAGGAGUUUGUACAAAAUGAGGCACCCAGGGAGGUGAAUAUUGACCAUGAAACCAGGGAGAUCACCCGGAAGAAUCUCUCAGGUGCCACGUCUGCUUGCUUCAAUGAAGCCCAGGCCAAGACCCGCACCUUGAUGGAGAAGGACUCCUACCCCCGGUUCCUCAAGUCCGCCUCCUACCAGGACAUGACCAAGCAGGCCACCAGCCGUGGCAUCAGCAAGCUGCCGCAUACCUGACCCGAGCCCGAACCUACUGCGGGGGGACGAGCCGGGGGACCAGGCAGAGGCUGAGAGACGGUUUGCGAGGGCUGAGUUCCACGCAGCGGGAUUUUGGCUGAAGUCCUGGCAUUUCAGCAGGAUCCCCAAGACCUCAAGUGCUUCCCGCUUCCCACCGAGCUGCUGGAAAGAGAGGUCCUCCCUCCCCGAGGAGCAGAGCAGGUGGGAACCCAACGCCAUCCCUUGCAGUGUGGCUGGAGAUCUGGGCCACCACAUGGACAGAAAGAAAUUGGAUUUGAGUUGCAAGCCCAGGAAAAAGAGACCAGAUUCCCCUGAGCAUCCGUAACCAGAGAGCUCCCGCCUGCUCUCAGGAUCUGCCUCUGACCUGCAGCAUCAGCCGCCGGCUGCAGAGCCGGCAAUUCCCGCAGUGUCUGGGAUGAUCGCAGGGCUUUUCCUAUGAGAGAACAUCCAGAUUGAAAGUCCAAAGACUACAUGGCAUUGUCAGCCAGAGAGAUCCCACACCUGCCUUCUCCUGAUCCCAAGAUCAUUCUGCUGCUGUUUCCUACACAUGCUCUGCAGCAAAGCUUUGCACCUUCUUCCAGUACAGCCUAUUACUUGCAGUGACAUUUUUAUCCCUCGCUUAAGCUACAUGACCUUUAGAUUGCAUGUAAUCUUAGGUCACGUGCAUAAUUUUUUAUUACUAUUAUUGUUAUUUAUUUUCUCAUUAUUAUUAUAUAUAUGUAUUUAUUAGAAGAGCACUGCUGAAAGCAUGCACACAUCCCUUGCUCCAAGGAGCUUGUAAAUUAGAUUAUUUUAGAUAUUAUAGCACUUAGCAUGCCUCCCACCUUUUCUGUAUAAAAGCUUGAGAUGACCAGACUAUAUAUAUCUAUAUAGAUAUAUAUCUAUGAUAUAUAGGUAUCUAUAGAUAUAGAUAUAGAUAUCUAUGUAUCUAUGACAAGGCUAUGGAGCAAGGUCCAUAAAUAGCAGCAGCGAGAGCUGUGGUCCCAGCAAGGCUGCUGGAGGGGUCUAAUGUGGUGGGUUUCCCACCAGCUGGGAGCAUCAUUGAUGGCAGUAAAAGGAUGCUUUGCCAUCCGUGCUGUUUCCUUUCUUCUUUACAUACAGCUUUUUGGACGGUAUCUUGGUAGGUAGACUCGCCCUUCGUUCUGGACAGAGAAUAGCGAUGCAAAACAUGCACUUUGGUGAGCAAUCCUUUGAAAACUUAUUUAUUUUUACAAGUGGGAGAGGAAACCUGGGGUUUUCCCCUGAUCUGAAAUUAGGCUUGGUGUUCCCUUGGCCGGUGAAACGAGUCCGCAGCCACAGACUUUAGCAGAAACCCAGGUAGCUGAGCAGAAAAGCGAUGCGGGCUGUGAAUUCAGCAUCCUGGGGGCCAGUUUGAGGACUUUGUUCUGAGUCCUGUUCCGCUUUCCCCAUCUCGGCUCUGCCUCUGAGCCUCGGUGGGUCCCGGCUGCGUUUACAGGGAGAUUUUUAGCUGCUUUCUUAUUUAUUAUUUAUUUUUACAACUGGAACCACCUUUGUUGUUUUACUGAAGUGAAUGAUGCACAAUGGUCCAUUCUCAUUGCUAACAUAAUAUUGUCGUCAUAAAAUAAAAUGUACAGAGGAAAAUACUGUGACAACAUGUCUGUUUUCGUUCUGAGUUUUCAAUUAAUUUUUAUCUUCUAAUUUUGAACGACUUGCAAAGCAUAGUCACAUCAAGCUACUUGUGUUGAAUGGCUCGAGGGGCGUUUAUAGUCACUUUGAAAAUGCCAAGUCAGGAACAGGAAAGGAAGGGAAAUUUUUGUGAAGACUAAAGCUGCUUUGUGGUACUUGGCUUAUUGAAGAGAGCUAACAGGUCAUAGUAAGAAUGAAAGCAGAAGUUUAGUUUGGAAUUUAUUAAUUGCCAGGGUGUUUGGUGGUGUUUGUAUUGCUCGCCAUUUUCUGAGCACUUUACACAACUGCAGUUCCCAACACCUAUUUAAUGUCAGUAAGACAUCACAUCUUAAAAGCAUGGGAAGGAUUCAUGUUAGGCUGCUGUUUGCAAAAACUGCUUUUGUGUCACUGUCAUAUACAAUAUUUUAUUUUUACCUGUAACUCAGCUGAUUAUUGAAUUCAUUUACAAGGGGGGAAAAUACCUGGUAUUAGAGGGGUUAUUGGUAAACAUCCCACUUUUGUUGCAGUGUUUGCUGUCCCUGUGGUCUGAACAGUCCUGUGUCCCUGCUUUGGGAUGGCAGGGUGGAGGAUGUGCUCCUCCGGGGCCCACAGGGUGCUGUGGGGAGGGGAGCAGCCACAUGUGGCUCAGAGAUGUUCACGCUCCAAAUAAAACCCAAACUAAACAUGUUUUUAA